CAGUAGGCUAAUCAACAUGGAUGAAACACUUCCUUACGAUAAUUACGAUUCGUCCUCCUACUCGUACUCCGACUCAAACUACACCUACUACAAUGGCCCUCCCAGUCUCGGCCCCGAAUCCGUCAUCGUCCCCCUCAUUCUCGUCAUCAUCGCCCUCAUCGCCGUCGCCGGAAACUCGAUGGUGGUCUUCAUCGUGCUGCGCUACCGCAAGAUGAGGCAGAGUGUGACCAACUUCUAUAUCAUGAACGUAGCCGUGGGCGAUCUCGUGUUCGUGCUCGCCUGCGUCCCUCUCACUGCCGUGCUCUAUGCGGACUACCAGUGGAAGCUGGGGAAUUUUUUGUGCAAGUCUAACGCGUUUCUGCAGCAUGUCACGGUUCAAGCCACGUGUGCGACGCUGACUGUCAUGACGGUGGAUCGCUAUUACGUAAUCACCAACCCCUUCACUUCCCGUCAAACCCGAACGAUCCUGAGAGCUGGGGUCAUCUGCUGUGUUGUCUGGAUCGUAUCUGGCUUGAUGCACGUACCUAGUGCCUUGAUCUACGGCACUACUGAGCCAGGUACAUAUGUUUAUAACAACGAACAUGUCAUCUUUUGCACCAGCAUUCAUCAAUCAAAGCGGUUCGUUCGACUCUAUUCCAUGUAUGUCAUCGCUGUAACGUAUGUUGUUCCUCUGGCAAUCAUCAGCGUGUGCUACGGCCUCAUUUUGGCGCACCUUUGGAAGCUGAGCAAGGGCGGUAUCACUGCUACGUCGGGCAAGGCUGCAAAUCGAAAAGGCCAAUCUGCCAGCCUGGCUGAAGGCUCCUCGGUGCAGACGGCGACUAAGAAGUGGAAGACGACUCGGAUCGUGUUGAUCGUCGUGAUGCUCUUCGCCAUCUGUUGGGCACCCAUCCACGCCCUCAACCUCUGGAACGACGUCGACCCGAACUAUCCUCACGACUCCAACUCCAUCUACGUAUUCAGAUUCUUCUGCCUGAUCUUCGCCUACUCCAACUCCUGCGUGAAUCCUGUGGUGUACGCCCUGGCCGGAAACAGUUUCCAGGUUUACUUCCGGCAGAUCUGCUACACCCACCCCAGAGGCAAACAGGAAGUGGCCAGCACCAAGACAAAUUACACACAUUCGCUCCAUCGGAACGGACGACGAACGUCCAAUUCCCAAACCGAGCAGAUAUCGAUGACCGCAAACACGUCAGUCUAAAGGUGCAUUUUCAAGCAGAUAAAAAAAUAUAUAAAGGGGCAGAAAGACAUUGAAAAAUGAUAAGUUAUAGAAGUAACGAGAGAAGUGGACCUUAUUUAAUAUAUGUAUAUGCGUUUAAACCAAUAAGAGUGAUCAUAUUAACUCACAAUGAAGUGGGUUGUAGUGUAUAUUAUGAUAAAGAUGUAAAAAAUUGUUUUGUAUCAACAAAUUAUAUAUUGACAAUAGCCAAUAAUUACAUGCUAUAAAAUAUAGAAAUACUACGAUGAAGUUAUUUUGUAUACAAGAAUUACUAUAACAACGUGAGUGACACUGUACAAUAUGUCGACUAGUCCUAAAUGUGAUUAAUAUAACUAAUAUUGUUUAUGUACAUAACUUCAACUUUGAAUGUAGAUUAAUUUGUGUUUGAUCGCUGUUCAAGCGUAUUUUUAAUGUUUAAUGAAUAGUAAAUGUGUUAAUAGAGAUAAAACAUUUAUCUAGAAUAUCAUAAUAACCAUCACAAUUGACUUGCAUUACGAAUAAUAAUUUUAUCUUCAAAUGUAGAUAUAAUAUGCAGUUGUUGUUGUUUCUUGUUAAAUGCCCUACUAUUUUUUUUCAGUUGGGCAAUGUGUAAAAAAAUAAAUUAAGGUAAUUA